ACACACAGAGAACAAACACUAGCAGAGAAGCAGAAGCAGAGGCUUUACUCAUCGAUCGCGAGCUAGCAGCUGCUAGCUUGUUCGUCGAUGGGGGGUCUGCAGGAGGGGGUUUGGGUGUGGUGGUGGGCGGCGGCGGCCAUGGCGAUGGCGGUGGUGGUGGACUGGGCGGCGAGGAGAGCGCACGGGUGGUGGUGGACCAAGGGGAUCGGGGGAGGGAAGAAAGGAAGGUUGCCGCCGGGGGACAUGGGGUGGCCGCUCGUCGGCGGGAUGUGGGCCUUCCUCCGCGCCUUCAAGUCCGGCGACCCUGACGCCUUCAUCGAAUCCUUCCACCGACGGUUCGGGAGGACGGGGAUGUACAGGGCGUUCAUGUUCAGCAGCCCGACAAUCCUGGUGACCUUGCCGGAGGUGUGCAAGCGGGUGCUCAUGGACGAGGUCACCUUCACCAACGGCUGGCCGAAAGCCACCGUGACGCUCAUCGGCGCCAAGUCCUUCCUCAACAUGCCCGACGACGAUCACCGGCGGCUACGCAAGCUCACGGCGGCGCCCAUCAACGGCUUCGACGCGCUCUCCGCCUACCUCACCUUCAUCGACAGCACCGUCGUCUCCACUCUCCGCCGCUGGUCGUCGGAGACGACGGCUAGCAGGCCAAUCGAGUUCCUGACGGAGCUGAGGAGGAUGACGUUCCGGAUCAUCAUACAAAUCUUCAUGAGCGGCGCCGGGGAGCGCACCAUGGAUGCCCUGGAGCAGAGCUACACGGACCUCAACCACGGGGUGCGCGCCAUGGCCAUCGACCUCCCCGGGUUCGCGUACCGGCGGGCGCUCAGGGCGAGGAGGAAGCUGGUGGCCCUGCUGCAGGGCGUGCUCGACGAGCGGCGGGCGGCCAAGAAGGGCGCCGGCGUCGGAGCCGGAGUGGACAUGAUGGACCGGCUGAUCGAGGUUGAGGACGAACAGGGGAGGCGGCUGGAGGACGAGGACAUCAUUGACUUGCUCGUCACUUACCUCAACGCCGGCCACGAGUCCUCCGCCCACAUCACCAUGUGGGCCACCAUGUUCCUGCAGGACAACCCUGACAUCCUGGCCAGGGCCAAGGCGGAGCAGGAGGAUAUCACGAGGAACAUACCGCCGACGCAGAAGGGGCUCACCCUCAAAGAUUUCAGGAAGAUGGACUACCUCUCACAGGUGGUCGACGAGACGCUGCGGUUCGUCAACAUCUCCUUCGUGUCGUUCCGUCAGGCGACUCGGGACGUCUUUGUCAACGGUUAUCUGGUACCCAAGGGCUGGAAGCUUCAGCUGUGGUACAGGAGUGUGCACAUGGACCCUCAAGUGUACCCUGACCCCAAGAAGUUCAACCCUUCAAGAUGGGAGGGCCCGCCACCGAGAGCAGGGACGUUUCUUCCAUUUGGGCUUGGCUCAAGGAUCUGUGCCGGGAACGAUCUCGCCAAGCUGGAGAUCUCUGUUUUCCUCCACCAUUUCCUACUUGGCUACAGGCUGGAAAGGGAAAAUCCAAACUGCCGGGUGCGGUACCUGCCUCACCCUCGGCCGGUGGACAACUGCUUGGCCAAGAUCAUCAGUCUCCCUCCAGUGAUGGAUACUGAAAUUAAGAACCCUAGAAUUUUGUGUGCAAACCAAACAGAGAAAUAAAAAUAAAUAAAUAAAUAAGGCAUCCCGGA